GCAUGUAAAUGAGAGAGCGGGAGAGAGAGAGAGAGAGAGAGAGAGAGAGAGAGAGAGAGAGAGAGAGAGAGAGAGAGAGAGAGAGGGGGGGGGGGAGGGAGGGAGGGAGGAAGGGAGGGAGGGAGGGAGGGAGGGAGAGAGAGAGAGAGAGAGAGAGAGAGAGAGAGAGAGAGAGAGAGAGAGAGAGAGAGAGAGAGAGAGAGAGAGAGAGUGAAAUGCAUGUUGUAAGAUGAGUAGCAUGCUCAACUCUUAACA